AUGACUGACACCAGCUCAUUAACUGAUGAAGAAUACCUGGAUAAAUACAAGAUACGCAGCAUUCUACAAACCUUAUUCCGACAAGUUCUUCACGAUCGUCCUUCAAACCCUAUCAGUUACUUUCAAAAAUGUCUUCAAGAAGAUCUUAAGGAAGGACUAUUGGAUGAAAUACGCGAUGGUUUUAACCACGAUGGAAGGCAUGAUAUUCCCCAGUUAUUAUUUCCUGUUGAUGGAGUAAUAUUGUCCAAGUGUUUCUUGUAUAACGCGCAUGAGGUGAUAGUACCUACUGCGAAAGAUAGCAUUCGUAAAUGUUUAAUUAAACCUUUUUCAGCCAAUUAUCAGAUACCUGAUGUCGAAAUUCACCUGUCAUAG